AUGGAUGGAAGUCUAGGGGAGAUGUCCAUCCACAGCCACUCUGAGCUUGCACAUAGCCAAGAUGGCAGGGCUAUACUGCAUUCAAGGGACCUUUCAGCAGCGUUCCCCAGGCCCUCCCUCGGGGGCCCUUCCAUGUCCCUGGAGCCUGAGCACCGACCUCCAGGCUUCGACCACUCCAUGUCUGCGCUGGGCUAUGGAGGCGACGCUCCGUCUAGCUGUGGCAGCACGUACACCACCCUUACUCCCUUGCAGCCCUUCGAUGACAAAUUUCACCAUCACCACCACCAUCAUCCCUGCCUUCCGGUCAGCAACGUCAUUGGGAGCUUUACUCUUAUGCGCGAGGACAGAGGCCUUGGCGGCAACUUCUACAACCCCUAUGGCAAGGAUCUGGCAAUGGCACAAAGCCUCUCCCCACCUUCCACAGGCUCUGGCUUGGGUACUCCAAUGCACGGCUAUGGCAGCUUGGGAAACAGCCCAAAUGGCAACCCUGGCCAGAUGCUUCCAAGCAGCUAUGAGGUCCAUGGUGGAAACAUCUUCUGCCGGACGGCGGACUUUGGUCGGGACAUGUCCCCGCCAGGGCUUGGGAACGACUCUUCACUUGGCCAUCAGCUAAACAAGAUGGAGUCCCAGCAGCAUGCACCCAACCACCACCCUCACAUCUACAGCCAGCACUAUCAGCACCCCCACCCCAGUCAGCAGUCUUCCAAGGCAGGGGAGCACCCUUACUCCUCCGCCUCGUCCUCCUCCUUGUCUUCGCCCUGUGAGGGCAUGCUGCCCAGCUCCCAGGGAGGUGGAAGUGGAGUUGCAGCUGGAGAGGAGAUCAACACCAGGGAUGUGGCCCAGAGGAUCAUCACUGAGCUGAAGAGGUACAGCAUCCCUCAGGCCAUCUUUGCAGAAAGGGUGCUCUGUAGGUCACAGGGUACUCUGUCUGACCUCUUGAGGAACCCGAAGCCCUGGGGCAAGCUCAAGUCUGGCCGUGAGACCUUCAAGAGGAUGUCCCGAUGGCUCCAGGAACCAGAGUUUCAAAGGAUGGCCUCUCUGAGACUGGAGGCUUGCAAACGGAAGGAACAGGAGCAGAGUAAACUGAAGCGCAACCAGGGACCAAAGCGCACCAGACUGGUGUUCACUGACCUCCAGAGGCGUACGCUCAUGGCCAUCUUCAGGGAGAACCACCGGCCCGCCAAAGACCUGCAGGUUACCAUCUCCCAACAGCUUGGCCUGGAGCUCUCCACCGUCAGUAACUUCUUCAUGAAUGCCCGGCGCCGCAACAUCAACAAGUGGGCGGACGAGGGCCGUCCCUCCUCCACCGGCUCCUCAGGCUCCAGCAUGUCCUCCUCCGCCGUGUCCUGCAGCACAGCCUGA